UUAUUAUUAUUAAUCUAUACUUGAAAAACCCUUUAAACCUUGAACCGCUCCUAUCAAAGUCAAGCGCAAACCAAAAAUUGAGCUGCUAGCCAUGGAAAACCCAGAAGCAAAGCUCGAAACUUUCAUGCAGUGGCUGCAGACAAAUGGGGUGGAGCUACGAGGUUGCAAGAUCAAGUACUGUGAUUCCAGAAAAGGGUUUGGCAUCUUUUCUGAUAAUGAUGUUUCUGAUGGGGUUCUGGUGGUUGUUCCACUAGACUUAGCAAUUACUCCGAUGAGGGUGUUGCAAGACCCUCUUUUAGGACCAGAGUGUAGGGCAAUGUUUGAAGAAGGAGAUGUAGAUGACAGGUUAUUAAUGAUGCUGUUGCUGACUGUGGAGCGUUUGCGUAAGAAUUCUCCAUGGAAGCCGUACCUUGCUAUGCUUCCAACCACUUUUCAAAAUACACUUUGGUUUAGUGAUGAUGAACUUCAAGAGCUAAGAGGAACCACAUUAUAUCGUGCAACUGAAUUACAGAAGAAAAGCCUGCUGUCAUUGUAUGAAACUAAAGUGAAGGAUGUAGUCAAGAAGCUUUUGGCUCUUGAUGGAGAUUCAGAGAUUGAGUCGUGCUUUGAAGAUUUCCUUUGGGCAAAUUCAGUAUUUUGGAGCCGGGCUUUGAACCUCCCUUUGCCUCGUUCUUAUGUAUUUCCAGAAAUGCAAGAAGUUCAAGAGAGUUGCAUUCUAGAAGCUGAUGAAAAAAUAAGCCAGGAUAAAAAACAGGACAAUCUAACCAAGGAAAUUACAUGUAACACAGUGCAAGGAGACACUGUAUGGGUUGAAGGUCUUGUCCCUGGCAUUGACUUCUGCAACCAUGAUCUGAAGCCAAAAGCGACAUGGGAAGUUGAUGGAACUGGUUUAACAACAGGAGUUCCUUUCUCCAUGUAUCUCAUUUCCGCUGCUCAAAGUCCCUUGCAGACUGAUCAAGAAAUUUCCAUUAGUUAUGGCACCAAGGGAAAUGAGGAACUUCUAUAUCUGUACGGUUUUGUCAUUGAUGGUAACACAGAUGACUAUCUCAUGGUCCACUAUCCAACAGAAGCAAUUAGUACUAUUUCUUUUUCAGAAGCCAAAAGCCAGCUUCUUGAAGUGCAGAAUGCUGAAAUGAGAUGUCUUUUACCCAAAGCUUUGCUGGAGCAUGGAUUUUUUCCAUUAGGCACACGAAACAGUGGAGAAAAUAACAAGUCCAACCAAGUUUGCAACUAUAGUUGGAGUGGUCAGCGCAAAAUGCCAUCUUAUGUAAACAAGCUGGUUUUUCCUGAGAAGUUUAUAGCCACCUUGAGGACCAUAGCCAUGCAAGAAGAUGAGCUUUUCAAGGUUUCCUCAAUGCUGGAAGAGCUUGCUGGACCUGAAAGGGAGAGACAACCGUCUGAUACAGAUGUCCAAUCAGCAAUAUGGGAGGUGUGCGGCGAUUCCGGAGCCUUACAAUUGCUUGUUGAUCUUCUUCAUGUAAAGUUGAUGGAUCUUGAAGAGAGUUCUGGAACAGAAGAAAGUGACCAUGAUUUACUCAAGAAAGCCCUUAUUAUUGAUAGCCAGGAUGAUAGCAAACAGUGCACGAGCAAUUUAAGCACAUUUGCAAAUGACUCAGAAGAAUCAAAGUUGAUGAUGACUAGAAACAAAUGGUCAGCUAUAGUGUACCGGCAAGGCCAGAAGGAGCUAACUCGAUUAUUCUUGAAAGAAGCAGAACAUGCUCUGGAGUUAUCACAAAACGAAGAGGUGAAUGCUCCUUGAUGAGUGAUAACCAUAUCAAACUGUAUAGUGUUCUUCUUGUUCCCUGAUUAACCAAUAAUUGGAGUAAACUACUCUCAUAUUCGUCUGAGAAAUAGAGUAGUAGGACACAUUAGUCCCGGUAAUGCCAAAUGAUUAUCGGAAGUGUUAUUUAGCCUGUUUUUCUAUUUUUUGUAUGCCCUUAAAAGAUAUGGGUGAACAAGUCAGACAUGAGGAUUUCAUGAAAAACGUUCUUAUUUUAAGUUGCAUUUGUAUGAGAGAAUUUAUAUACCUUAGGAAAAAAUGUUAUUUUUCAGUUUUUUGACA